AUGAAGGUAUCAAAUACUUUGACACAGGCCUUGGGCUUCCUGCUUUCCCUCGGCUCAGCUGUUGAGGCUAAGAACAAAUACUCUCGCACCGACGCAUGCCACCCAAAUCACCCAUUCAAGCCCCUUCCUGUCAGCCAUCCUCGAACUCGCACUUGUCAUGUAGCCAACCAUGGACAUGGAAAGGAUGAUUCGUCCAAUGUUCUUUCUGCGUUGAAGAAAUGCAACAAUGGUGGAAAGGUUGUUUUUGACGCUGACAAGACAUACACCAUUGGAAAAGCGCUUGACCUGACCUUCCUCAAGCAUGUGGAUUUGGAAAUCCAAGGCCAUGUCCAGUUCACCAAUGACACGGAUUACUGGCAAGCCAACGCUUUCAAGCAAAUUUACCAGAAUGCCACGACGUUCUUCCAGCUUGGUGGCGAAGACGUCAACAUGUACGGCGAUGGUAUUCUUGAUGGUAAUGGACAGGUCUGGUAUGAUUUGUAUGCGGAGGAUGCUCUUAUCCUGCGACCUAUCUUGGUAGGUAUCGUUGGGCUGAAUGGAGGAACUAUCGGCCCUCUCAAGCUUCGUUACUCGCCUCAGUGGUACCACUUCGUGGCCAAUUCGACCGAUGUUCUUUUCGAUGGGAUUGACAUCUCUGGAUUUAGCAGCAGUGCUCAUGUAGCUAAGAACACCGAUGGAUGGGAUGUCUACCGAUCGUCGAAUAUUGUUAUUCAAAACUCCGUGAUCAACAACGGUGAUGACUGUGUCUCAUUCAAGCCCAAUGUGACCGACAUCCUGGUUCAGAAUCUUCACUGCAACGGCUCCCACGGCAUUUCGGUUGGCUCUCUGGGCCAAUACCCCGGAGAAGUUGAUCUAGUACAAAACGUACUUGUUUACAACAUCUCCAUGUUCAAUGCAUCAGAUGGUGCUCGUAUCAAAGUCUGGCCUGGCGUAUCUUCCGCACUCUCGACUGAUCUCCAGGGCGGCGGUGGAUCCGGCUUGGUCAAGAACAUUACCUACGACGGAAUGACUAUUGAUAAUGUUGACUAUGCCAUCGAAGUGACCCAAUGCUACGGUCAAAAGAACCUGACUCUUUGCAAUGAAUACCCCAGCAACCUUGUCAUCGAAGAUGUCUAUUUCAAAAACUUCAAUGGAGUGACCUCCGGCAAAUAUGAUCCUAUUGUGGGAACUAUUGUUUGUUCUAGUCCCGAUGUUUGUUCAAACAUCAAUGCCAGUGGUAUCGAUGUUACCAGUCCUGAUGGCGACGAUAAAUUCACUUGCACAAAUGUCGACGAUGCCCUCUUGGAUGUCAAUUGCAAUGCUUCCAGCUGA